UUCAGUGCUUCCGUCCUCAUGGGAGGUUUUCCCCUUGCUUCUCCUAAGGGGUGUUUACUCUUUCAAACCCUAGAUGUUACCAGAGUGGAGCAUCUGCCUGCGUCCCACGUGUGCCACAGAGCAUGCCAUGGCCUGGGAGUGUUCCACGAAACUGCUAUCACCUGCAAAGCCAGACCUCACCCAGCGAGCACACGGUGCCAAGCCCGCAGCUCUCCAAGGAGGAAGAUGGCCCAGCCUGGGGGCACGCCCUGAGCAGCUGCCUCUGAUCCCUUGGCCAAGCAGCAGGGAAUCGUGAGCCUGUGAGCGGCUGGCCGGGAGCCUCGGGGACCACCCAGCCUUGCUCCCGGCUCACCCACAAGAUGUGGACGGCCCUUGUGCUCAUUUGGAUUUCCUCCUGGUCCUUAUCUGAAAGCCAAGUGACAUCCCAGGAUCCAAGGUACUCCGUCCUCAACACGACGUUGGAUAAAUCAGUCAAGACAAGUACAUUCAAGGAAACAGUUACAGGAGUCUUUAAUAAAACAUCCGAAAGAAUGACCGUGGUGACACCUUCCCCUGUCACAUUGACCAGAGGGACUUUGGUAGCCAACCGCACCUCUCCUGCAGAUACAGCAGAGAGAACAAACAGGACAGAUAUGGGCACUCCGGCGACUACAGAAGGUGCCCCUGACCGAGUAGCCUCCGGGGUGCCCACCCCACCCAGCAUGGCGUCUGCAGGGCCAGCCCCGUCCUCCUCUGCUGCGCUCAGCACACCCCAUGAGCAGGCGCCCAGCGGCAGCACGGUGCCAAGAGCAAACACUCUGAUGACACUGGCCACGAGCGUGCAGACUGCUACUGGGAAAACAGCAGGGGCACACGGCGUGCUGGGCACACACAGUCUUCCCGAGCCCACAUCCCACACCUUCACAGCCAGCCCUGUGCCCCCCACGAGUCCCCACGCCCCUAAUGUGCCCACACAAGGCCCCACUGUCCCAGCGUCGACGGCCCAGCCUGUGGCUGACACAGCAAACAGGCCCACACCCACCUUCUCGAACACAACCGCAGAGCCCACUCCCACCUCCGUGGCUUCUGUGUCCACGACGGCGGUGACCACUACCAAGCCACAAGGGGAGGAGCCGGCUGCCAGCACAGUGCCAGCAGCUGUACCUCACACCAGCCCAAGCCCUGAGGUGGAGCCCACGUCCUCCACGACACAGCCAAGCCCUGCUCUGUCUACCCAGGGGCCCACGGGGCCAGGCACGCCCCAGACACCGGCGCAGGUCGAGCCUGAAGCCACACCUGGUACUGCUGCCGGGCAAACGCCUGGGAGCUCAGGGAACUCGAAGAUGCCAGCCACAGACUCAUGCCAGCCCAGCACCCAAGGCCAGUACCUGGUGGUCUCCACCGAGCCCCUCACCCUGUCCUUGGUGAACAAAAGCCUCCUGCUGGCGGUGCUGUUGCUCGGGGUGACCCUUUUCAUCACAGUCUUGGUCCUGUUUGCCCUGCAAGCCUACGAGAGCUACAAGAAGAAGGACUAUACACAGGUGGACUAUUUGAUCAAUGGGAUGUAUGCAGACUCAGAAAUGUGAGGGGGCGGUGGCCCGCGGGCUCCACCAGGGCCCUUGGAGGGCUGGGCCCAUCCGUCCUCCCAUUCUGCCUCUAAGACCAAACCAAGUGCUUCCGAAUUCUUUGGUGCAAUUUAGGAGAUAGGCCAGAUGCUGAAACAUUUAAUUGCUGUCAUAUUAACUCCAUGAGCACUAAAGAGUUGCUGCUUCUUUCAUA